UUCUUUCCAAUUGGCUGUCUCGUCGCCUCUCCUUCUGAACACGGUUCAGAGGUCAACAUGAGUUCCACGCCGUCGCACAAGCCGCGCGGAAAGAGAAGGAGAAAUGAAUUGUCUUCAUUGGGUGUCGGUCCAGGCAUCGUACGGAUCAGAAAUGGCGUCCAGCAGCCUGGAUUCCCUCUCGUCGCCUUCCUAUGGCCCGCGAAGGGCGCCUCGCAAUGGAUAGUAUUACCCUGUGUGCUCAUGGUCGCGGCCCUGUUUAGAUGGGCGACAGGAUUCUGGGGCUAUUCAGGAUUUCGGUCUCCUCCAAUGCAUGGGGACUUCGAAGCACAAAGACAUUGGAUGGAAAUCACCACGCAUCUACCCAUCUCGCAAUGGUAUUUUUACGAGCUGCUCUGGUGGGGCCUGGAUUACCCUCCAAUGACAGCGUACCACAGCUGGAUUCUAGGAAAGAUCGGUUCGCAGUUCGAUCCGACCUGGUUCGCGCUCGAUGCAUCUCGUGGCCUUGAUGACCCGGGUUUAAAAGUGUACAUGAGAGCGACGGUCCUCAUAUCCGAAUACCUGACCUACAUCCUUUUCAUCAUAGGCUUCGUCCGCCGCUAUCUUCGGAGACAACACGUCGACUUGUGGGAUUCGAAUAUUGCUCUGACUGCUGUGCUGAUGCAGCCCGCAACGCUUCUCAUAGAUCAUGGACAUUUCCAGUACAAUACCGUCAUGCUCGGUUUUGCCGUUGCGUGUAUGUCGAAUUUGGUGCAGGAGAAAUACGCUCUUUCCUGUGUGGACUUCGUCAUCUGUUUAUCCUUCAAGCAGAUGGGGUUGUUCUAUGCUCCUGCCGUGUUCGCCUAUCUUCUAGGAAGCUGCAUUUUCCCUCGAAUCAAUAUUUCGAGAUUCCUACGCAUUGCCAUCACUACUGUAGUGGCGUUCGCCGGUGUUUUUGCACCUCUCAUCCUUGGCUCGCUUUUCGACGCAAAAAGGGGGAUCCAGGUGCCUCAAGUGCCGACUCCGCCUCUUCUCAAGGCGUUGCCUGUCGUCAUUGAUGAAAGGGCUUGGUAUUAUCCACCAAUGCUCCAGAUUGCGCAGGCCAUCCACCGCAUCUUCCCGUUCGCUCGAGGUCUUUUUGAGGACAAGGUUGCAAAUAUAUGGUGCACCAUUCACACAUUCCACAAGUUACAUGUCUAUCCGUCAUCUACUGUUCAGCGUCUCGCUCUGGCAGCGACAACAACGGCGAUUAUUCCACCUUGUACUAUUCUUCUCCUCCGGCCACGCAAAGAUUUGAUCUUGUUAGGCUUCUCCACCGUUGCGUGGGCCUUCUUCCUCUGCUCGUACCAAGUACACGAAAAAAAUGUUCUUUUACCGCUAUUACCUAUGACAUUACUACUCACUGGCAAGAACGGUCUCAGUUCGUCCGUCCGUAGUUGGGUCGGUUUUGCAAACAUGCUUGGCUCGUGGACAAUGUUUCCACUUUUGAAGCGUGACGAGCUGCGUGUGCCAUAUUUUAUACUGACACUUCUUUGGGCAUAUCUACUAGGUUUGCCGCCCGUAUCACUCUCAGCAUACAAAAAUGAUGAACGUGGUGGUGUUGGCCUCUUUUCGAAGUUGGUCCAUCUUACUUGUUACACAGCCAUGAUAGCGUGGCACAUCGCGGAGGCCUUUGUCAAGCCACCUCAGGGGAAACCUGAUCUUUGGGUUGUUGGAAACGUAUUGUUAGGAGCCGCCGGUUUUGGCCUAUGCUAUCUGUGGUGUCUCUGGAAUCUCGUACUGAGGAGCGGCUUAUUACGGUUAGGAAUGCGUUCGAAAGACGCGUGAAACAGUGUAGAUAAGUUUCAUUAAAGAUACCCAAUUGCAUGAUUUAAGAG